AUGUACAAUACGAAUGAACUUAAAAAUAAGAUAAAUUAAUGGAAAUUAACUCUUCCUUGGAUUACACCUUAUUACGCAAUUAAGAGCAAUCCUAUUGAACCUUUAUUAUAAGAUAUCAUAAAUGGACCAUAUGGAACUUUUGAUUGUGCAUCAAAAGGAGUAACGUAUAGAUAAUAUCUUUUCAGGAAAUCUAAAUGGUGAUUAAAUAUGGAGUUCCUGCUUCAAAGUUGGUUUAUAGUAAUCCAGUUAAAGAGGAAAAAGACAUAUACUUUGCAAAAAAUAAAGGAGUUUUAAUAACAAGUGCUGAUAGUAUUGAGGAAUUAAUCAAGAUCCAAAAAAUAGCACCAUAGAUGAAGAUAUUAUGGAGAAUAUCUAUUGUUGAAGAGAACCCAGAAUAAAUGGCUACUCUUUUUUCUGGUAAAUUUGGAGAUGACAUGCUAAAUAUAGAUGCUGCUCAUAAAAGAUUUAAGUAAAUUCAAAAAAUGAAAAUUUAAUUACAUGGUAUUCAUUUUCAUUGUGGUAGUGCUGUAUAAGGAUCAUCCUCUUUUGGAAAAGUAUUUAAUUUUAAUAUAUUUAGGCUAUUGAUUUGGCUUAAGAUUGUAUGAGAAUUGGAAGAUUGUAUGGACAUAAGAUGGAAUUAUUAGAUGUAGGAGGUGGAUUUCCUACUGGAAGUAUUCAUGAAAAUGCAAUUAAUGCAUUAAAAAAAACACAAAAUGAUCCUUUAGGAUAUGAAGUAAUUGCUGAACCAGGAAGAUAUUUUAGUGCUAAUUCAUGUUCACUUUUGUUUAGAAUUUUGACUAAAAGAAUUAAGCAUGGUAGAUUAUGUUAUCAUGUUAAUGAAUCUUUGUAUCAUUCUUUUAAUUGUUUACUUAUGGAUGGAAUAUCAUUUGAAAAUUAAAAAGAUCAAUUUUAUAGUGUUCUUAAUUCUAAUGAAUCUUAAAAUUCUUAAAUUUCAAACCAAUCUGAUGCCUCAAUCUUUGGUAUGACAUGUGAUGGAGCUGAUGUUAUUGCUAAGAAUAUUACAGUUCCUACUGAUAUGCAUGUCGGAGAUUGGUUAUGCAUGUAAGGUAUGGGAAGCUACACAGUUGGGCCUAAAUCAAUAUUCAAUGGAAUGAAAUCAACUACUAGAGUAUAUUAAUGGUCUGGCUUACUAGAAUAGUAAAAUUAAUCAUCAUCUUCAAUAGCUAUUAAAUAAAUUUUCUGA